GUGUGUGUGUGUGUGGUUAUAUUCUGUACUGGUGUGGUUUGGGGCUAGGGGAAGCCUCACCCUGCAGCAGUGUAUCUUUGACAAAGCAUAUGAAGGGAAUCCUAAUGGGUAAUAUGUGACACCCCUGUCGCGUGCCUCAGUUUGCACUUAGAAUAUUUGACUCACUUCCUUGUUUGUCAAAAUAACAUCUCACAAAGUUAUAUUUUGGCGGUGAACUAUCACUUUAAGUCUGCAUAAAGCACUUUAUUACAUGUUCCAUCACCACUACUUGUUGAAAACAGACUUGUUGGUGUGAGUAUCUGUGGCAGGGUGUGAGUAUCUGUGGCAGGGUGUGAGUAUCUGUGGCAGGGUGUGAGUAUCUGUGGCAGGGUGUGAGUAUCUGUGGCAGGGUGUGAGUAUCUGUGGCAGGGUGUGAGUAUCUGUGGCAGGGUGUGAGUAUCUGUGGCAGGGUGUGAGUAUCUGUGGCAGGGUGUGAGUAUCUGUGGCAGGGUGUGAGUAUCUGUGGCAGGGUGUGAGUUUUCUGUUCACCAUGAAGCAGUGUGAACCAGUAACAAAGGCCUUUUUAACACGAUCGUACCGACCCAAACUGCUGGCUCUGAGCACAUUGUCCUUUUCAGCAUGCUGCCAUCAAAUCUGGUGUGUUCAUGACCAGGCCAGCUCAGUACAGCUUGGUUGGUCUCGGCCCAGUUCGGGUCAGUAGUGUGAAAAGCCUGUAACAGUGCUGUUGUUCCCAGUCCCAUAUAGAGGUAAUCUGCUAUUGUGCCUGCAGUAUAAAUGAAGGAAAGGGUCAAAUAUAAACCAUAUGAAUUAAUCUGUGUUUUACUAACUACGCAGUUAAAUUGAUCUACAAGUUCUAUCAAUAAGUUCUGGUGUGAAAUGAUUUGUUUAUUGAUCUGUCAAAUAGCACAAGGGAUUGUGCCGAGUAUAGUAAUUCAUUGUUGAAUCAUAUCAAUGGAUCUUCACAGAGACACGUAUAGAGUUUAUUAUAUAUAUUUUCUAUAAUAAACUACCUUUAGAUAUGUCUCUGGUUCCAUCAUUGCUUCAACGGUAAAGAGUCACUGUGUUUGCAUGACAAAUGAGUCAAUACUAAUCUCAUGAGUCUGUUUCAGCAGUCUGUGCUGGACCCGUCAAUGUGUUGUCGUCCGAUGUAACCCCAAGUCACUCUGUCAUAUAUUUACCUUUCUUCUCCUACCCCUCAUGACUACUCAUUUUAUCUUUCUUUUUUUUAAAUGGAUGUAUUCAAAAUCAAUUUGUGCUUUGACUGCAUUUGUAAAAGUGUAAAAUGUGUUUUUCCUAAUUAGAUGCUGUUUCUAUACGUAACCACCAGGUGUCUCUUGUCUUCAGAAAGGGGAUGUUAAGUUAUUACCAUAUUGCUUAAAGGGAUGGUCCACUCAAAAUAAAAUCUACAUGAUUUUUCCAUUUACCUUGGCUGUAGUCGAUUCCCGAAGACUAUUUUUGGAUAAGGCAUUUGAAAAGUCUGUAUUCCUCAGAUGUACACAAGGGUGGAAGGGUUACUGGCUAGGGUUUGUAAUUUAUAGUACAUAAAGUAUAGGGGAGUUUUCUUUGGAUUCUUUUCAACCUUCACUGGAACGAGGAGGCAAAUGUCCAUUAAAUCUAAUGGUUCUGGUCCCUAUGGUCAGUUAAAAUCUUAACUCCGAGUCCCAUCUGGAUGCAAUGCGUGGAAAAAGAGUUUUUCUUUUUACAUGGAAACUGUAUUCAAGCCAGGUAAUCAAAAACAAACAGUGAUUUGCAAUGAGCUGUGCAGUGCCUGUCCGCCCCAUUGCCUGGGGCCCUUUUGUAGAGAAUACACUGUCAUCCUGUAUAGAAGCUUUGCCCAGGUUCGCUCCUAUAGACAACUAUGAACAGGAACAGGAAUGACAUUAUUUCUGCUUAUCACUGUUUGUUGGCAUGGCCUCCCCGCAGAUCUCGCAGGCCAGAGCCUGAGGGGGUUUUACAGUACAAUGACGUCCUGAUUCAGGCUUCCCUGAAUUCCCCCGCCAUACAAACACAGACGGAAAAUAACAUCUUUCCCUGGAGUAUCAUCAACUCGCCAUCUCUGUUCUCUCCAUUAAAAGUGACAGUGUUUUUCCCUGCAACACUCUCCACAUGCCAAUAUGCAGCCACUCCCCUUUUCCUUUGGACUUCCAGAACUCCACAUGGCACGUCUGUAAAAACAGAAGCUGGAGAGUUCAGAUGCAUGCUCUAUGGUCCUUGUGUGCCAGAGGGUGCAGCCCACUGGGAGGACGACAAUGCCCCCUCAUCUGCAACCCAGACACCUCCUGCCUCUUCUUCUCCAUGUCAUUCUACUCUGCCUUCAUGCAACUGCCUGGCCCCACGAUUCCAGAGGUGUGGUGGAUGACAAGUGUCCCAGCUCAGAGUGGAACCACAUGUGUAGGGACUGUUGUGAGUACCAGCUGAUCCAGUGUAGAUGUCCUUCCCAGGGGGCACGGGUGGGCUACUCCGUCCCCUGCUGCCGCAACCAACUGGACCAGUGUGACCCCUGCAUCAUCCACCCUGGCUGCAGUCUGUUUGAGAACUGUAAAACCUGUCACAAUGGGACGUGGGAGGCCAAGGAUGAUUUCUUCAUCCGAGGGAGAUUCUGUACGGACUGUCGUCAGGGCUGGGCAGGUGGAGACUGCAAGACAUGUGGAGGGGUGAUUCGUAGAGCCCAGGGCCACAUCAUGCUGGAGAGUUACCCCAUCAAUGCGCACUGUGAGUGGAGGGUGCAGGUAGAGAGAGGGGAGAACGUGGAGCUCAGGUUCUCCAUGCUUAGUCUAGAGCCUGACCACAACUGUCACUAUGACUACGUGGAGCUGCGAGAUGGUGACAGCCUGAGCUCCCCCGUCAUUGGCCGGUUUUGUGGGAAUGAGCUGCCUCCACCAAUCAGAACCUCUGGAAACAGGCUGCACGUCCUGUUUGUCUCAGAUGGCUACAACAACUUUGAUGGCUUCUUUGCCGCUUUUCAGCAGAGCUCAGCGUGCAGCCCCUCCCCUUGUCAGCACCAUGGAACCUGUUUGCUGAACCCAGUACAGUCUUUUCGCUGUGCAUGUCUGCCAGGCUACACAGGUCAACUGUGUGAGAAUGUUGCUAGGAGUCAGGCGUGUGUGUUGCCAGCGAGGCCCGUGAACGGGGAGCUCCUCUCUGUGUACGGCCUGGAGGAUGAGCUCAUGGCUGUUCAGUACCUGUGCCACCCACCCUACACACUGACUGGCACCCCCCAGAGGACCUGCCUGCCCAACGCCACCUGGAGUGGCACGGUGCCCAUCUGUGGGAAGGUAGAUAAAGAGCCCAUUCGACCCAGUCAGAGGGGUGCAGACCCAGUCAGAGGGGUGCAGACCCAGUCAGAGCCCGUUCGACCCAGUCAGAGGGGUGCAGACCCAGUCAGAGGGCUCGGGGUGUGUCCUCCUCCAGCCAGGCUGCACCAUGGCUACCUCCAGCUGGUCCGGGGCUCUGGAGGAGGUCCUGACACAGUGGACUACUUCUGUAACCCCUCCUACAUCCUGAGUGGAGGCUCCCGGAGCACCUGUCUCCCAGAUGGCUCGUGGAGUGGCCGGCAACCACUGUGUGUGAGAGCCUGUCGAGAGCCUAAGGUAUCUGAGCUGGUGAGACACAAAGUUGUGAAGCCAAAGGCCCCAUCCAGGAAAAGUCCAGUCCACAGGCUUCACACCUCAUCCAGGCAUACGGUCUAUGACAGUCACCCCCCUGGCAUGGACCCACCCUCCUCAGGGAACCUCCCCAGCACCCAAGACCCUGUCCUGAGGGAAUUACCCCAUGGUUUCCACCACCUGUCCACUAGCAUAGAGUAUGAGUGUGCCUCCUCUCUCUACCAACACUACGGUAGCCCCCGGCGCACCUGUCUGAAGACUGGCAGGUGGAGCGGGCAUCAUGUCUCCUGCUCGCCAG